CAGUGGGCUCUUCUCCUCCCCGAGUGCAUGUUUCCGUAAAACCUUAAUAAAUUUUUAUUUGUUCUGGGUGGGCGAGGAGAAACCAAGAGAAAAUCUCGUGACCCUGUUCUCUCCAGAGCGCACAAUCUCUCCUUUCCCCGUUCUUCUUCCUCCCAUCAAUCGAUGUAAUACAACCCUCCCUUGUUUCGAGCUUCUCGUAGGGCCUAGUGGAUAUUAAGUUCUGCCACCUACAGCGAUCGACUGAUCGAGGAAGGGAAGGAAGGGAGCAGGAGAUCUCGAUUCCCCCAUGCACGGUUCGGAAUCGAGGUACAAUGCAAAUGAAUCAUCCUAUCUCAAAGCUAGCUCUGGUGUGGUUAACACUUCUCGGCUCAGUUCUUGUCUCCUCCUUUGCGGAGCUCGAGUUUGGUCAUUGUGAGAGAGUUGUGAAGAGAUGGGCAGAUACUUCUACUUCUGGUGAAGAAGAUCCUAACAAAGACAAACGCUCGCUUAAGGAUCUGCUCUUCUUUCUCCAUGUUCCUCGAACUGGAGGCGGAACUUAUUUCCACUGUUUCUUGAGGAAGUUGUAUGAUCACGCUGAGGAAUGUCCUCGUUCUUACGACAAGCUCCAUUUCGAUCCUAGGAAGCAAAAGUGCAAGUUGUUGGCCACUCAUGAUGAUUAUAGCUUAAUGUCUAAGCUUCCGAGGGAGAGAACCUCGGUUAUGACAAUAGUCCGGGACCCUGUUGCGCGUGUGUUGAGCACUUAUGAAUUUUCAGUAGAGGUGGCAGCUAGUUUCUUGGUGCAUCCCAAUUUGACUUCUGCGACGAGGAUGUCUGGCCGCAUCCGCAAUAAUAACGUGAUAAGCCCGCUUGACAUAUGGCCGUGGAAGUACCUUGUUCCAUGGAUGAGAGAAGACCUCUUUGCUCGGAGAGAUGCACGAAAACUCAAGGGAGGAGUUAUUAUUGAAGACGACAACCCGUAUGACAUGGAGGAGAUGCUGAUGCCACUGCACAAGUAUCUCGAUAACCCUACUGCUCAUGAUAUAAUCCACAAUGGAGCAACGUUUCAGAUUGCAGGAUUGACAAAUAAUUCCCAUUUAGCAGAAGCCCACGAGGUUCGGCAUUGUGUGCAGAAAUACAAAAACCUCGGUGAGCCUGUUCUCCAAGUGGCCAAGAGAAGGUUAGACAGCAUGUUGUAUGUUGGAUUGACAGAAGAGCAUAGAGAAUCUGCUUCACUUUUUGCUAAUGUAGUGGGUUCUCGGGUGCUUUCUCAAGUGGUUACAUCAAAUAUAACUUCAAAAACUACUAAAUCAGAAGCAAGUGUUACUAUUCCAGAAUCUGGAUCAGAUAAGAGUGAAAUCCAGAAUGGUACAUCUGAAGUUGCAUCCGGUAAGAUAGAAGCAAAGAGUGGAAAUAUGACGGUAAAAACUUUGAUGGAAGUCUAUGAGGGAUGCAUUACUCAUCUAAGAAAGUCCCAAGGAACCAGACGUGUCAACUCCCUGAGGAGAAUAUCGCCAGCUAAUUUUACUAGAACGACGCGUGCAAGAAUUCUUAGCGAGGUCAUUGAGCAGAUCAAAUCGCUUAACAAUCUUGAUGUGGAGCUUUUCAAGUACGCAAAAGAAAUCUUUGUUAAAGAACAUGAACUAAUGUCAAAGAAGAUGGUUUCAACAACUAAGAGAAGCAUUGUUGAUCUGCAGAACGUGUUUGGAGAGAUGGAUGAUGAAAAGCUGUGGAAGUUGGUAUCAGUGACAUUGAUGCUCUUACUGCUCUUCCUCUUGUUUCUUUUUGUAAACGCUAGAAGGAGAAUAACCUCUAAGGUGAAAAAUGAAAAAGAUCAGAAGCAAAGCCCAUACGUCAUUUCUGAUACUCACAGUGGAAGCUCCGUACGGCGUUUUAUGUUCUUCGCUUCAUGUUUUAUUCUAUACGCUUUGGUGGCCGCGACGUACGCAUGGCUAGCGUUUCCACCGCAUGUCGGACGUACAGAUCAUGUGUCUUCUUCUUCGCUAGGUUGUCGAGAGGACAAUGAGGGUUCCUGGUCCAUUGGUGUUUACUAUGGCGAUUCUCCCUUCACUCUCAAACCUAUAGAAACCGUUAACGUGUGGAGGAACGAGAGUGCAGCAUGGCCUGUGGCUAACCCUGUUUUAACAUGUGCCUCCUUGACCAACUCUGGUUUUCCAAGUAACUUUGUAGCUGACCCAUUUCUCUAUGUUCAGGGUAAUACUCUUUACCUCUUCUUUGAGAAUAAAAACCCCAUCACAAUGCAAGGGGAUAUAGGAGUUGCAGAAAGUACUGACAAAGGAGCUACUUGGAAGCCUCUUGGUAUAGCUUUGGAUGAGGCUUGGCACUUGUCUUUCCCAUUCGUCUUCAAUUACAACGGACAAAUAUACAUGAUGCCGGAGAGCAGCCAGAUAGGAGAGCUACGUCUCUACCGUGCAGUUAACUUCCCAUUGAUCUGGAAACUGGAGAAAGUCAUCUUGGAAAAGCCGCUCGUUGAUUCAACCAUCAUCCAUCACCAAGGAAACUACUAUCUAUUCGGAUCAGACCAUAGUAGCUUCGGGACCAAGAAGAACGGACAGCUUGAGAUUUGGUACAGCAGCACACCCCUCGGCCCGUGGAAACCACACAAGAGGAAUCCUAUCUACAACGGUAAAAGAAACGUCGGGGCAAGAAACGGAGGCAGACCGUUCUCACACGAUGGGAGUCUCUACCGUGUCGGUCAAGACUGCGGCGAGAACUACGGGAAAAGGAUAAUCAUAUUCAAGAUCGAAGCUCUCUCCAUGGAUGAGUAUAGAGAAGUCCAAGUCCCAUUUGAUCUAGAAGCGUCUUCCCGUCCUAAAGGUGAAAAUUCUUGGAACGGACUUAGGCAGCAUCAUCUCGUAGUGAGACGGUUAAGUUCUGGUGGCUACAUUGGUCUCGCUGAUGGCGACCGUGUAGCUUCGGGAGAUUUGUUUCGUCGUGUUCUUCUCGGAUACGCUUCUCUAGCAGGUGCUAUUACACUGGUUGUGUUACUAGGGUUUUUGCUUGGGAUCGUUAACUGCGUUGUUCCGUCAACAUGGUGCAUGAACUACUACUACGCGGGAAAAAGAACCGAUACGGUUCUGGAUUUGGAAAGUGGCGGUUUCUUGUCGGACAAGUUAAGAAGACUGUGUUCUCGGUUAAACCGAGUACCAUCUUUUCUAAGAGGACGCAGUCCCAAAUUAGGAAGAUUAGGACUCGGUUUGAUACUCCUUGUAGGAGUUUUACUCUCGUGUCUAGGCAUCGGUUACAUAUACGGUGGAAGCGGAGCUGUUGCGCCUUACACUUUCAAAGGUCAUGCAUCUAAGUUCACGUUAGUGACUAUGACUUACGACGCACGUCUCUGGAACCUGAAAAUGUACGUUAGUCAUUACUCUCGAUGUGCUUCUGUGAAAGAGAUCGUUGUCAUAUGGAACAAAGGACCACCUCCUGACCUAACCGAGCUAGACUCCGCCGUGCCGGUUAGAAUCAGAGUCGAGAAGCGGAACUCUCUAAACAACAGGUUCAAUAUCGACCCGCUGAUUAAAACGCGUGCCGUUCUCGAGCUCGACGACGAUAUAAUGAUGUCUUGCGAUUUGAUCGAGAAGGGGUUUAGAGUCUGGCGCGAACAUCCGGAGAGACUGGUCGGAUUCUACCCGCGUUACGUCGAUGGAACCAUGACUUACGGCGGUGAGAAGUUCGCGAGGAGUCGUGAGGGAUAUAAUAUGAUUCUCACGGGAGCUGCGUUUAUGGACGUUGGUUUUGCGUUUGGGAUGUAUCAGUCCGACAAGGCGAAGCUUGGUCGGGAGUUCGUGGACGAGCAGUUUAACUGCGAAGAUGUUUUGUUGAAUUUCUUGUACGCGAAUGCGAGUGGUUCAGCGAAGGCUGUGGAGUAUGUGAGACCGUCUGGUUUGGUUUUCGAUACUUCGAAGUUUUCUGGUGUGGCGAUUAGUGGGAACACGAAUCAGCAUUACAGGAAGAGAAGCGAGUGUCUACGGAGAUUCUCUGAGUUGUACGGUAGUUUGUCUGAUCGGAGGUGGGAGUUUGGUGGAAGAAAAGAUGGGUGGGAUUUGUAGAAAGAGGAGUAGUUGCUUGUAGGGCAAGUAAGUAGUUCUUCAGAUAAGUUGCGAGUCUUAAAAAUUAUAAAAUUUCUAGCCCUUCACGGGAUCACAAUGUUAAAUCUAGGCUCUUUUUUCUCGUAUGAUCGUGUUAGAUGUGUUUAGAAGGUGUUGUAGGGAAUGAACAAAGCUUCUGCUUUCAAUAUAUUAGGAAGAAAAACUGUUUUUUCUUUUUUGUAAGCCA